ACUUCCGCUUCGGACCCAAUGAGCCUGAUUUCUUUGCACUGGAGAAGUAUUGAGCAACGCACAGAAUGGGAAAACUAUUUGAUAGGAGAAGUCUGGCAAACAAGAUAGAAGUGCCGGUGCCUGGAGACUCAGAGGGAGCACAGCACAGCCACCAGCCUCCCUCCUGGCCAGUCGUGAACACGGUACAGUGAACCUCGCUGAAGAUGCCUGUUCCCCCUCCCCCACCACCUCCACCUACAUUUUCACAGGCAAACGUAGAAAAACCUUCUCUCAGCCGGUCUGAGCUGUCAGGAAGAAAUGCCUUAUUAUCCGAUAUCGGCAAAGGCAGGAAGCUGAAAAAAGCCGUCACCAAUGACCGCAGUGGCCCAAUCCUCGAUAAACCAAAAACAUCUCCUGGAGGUGGCGGAGGUAUGGGAGGUGGUGGCAGAGGAAUGGGAGGUGGUGGUGGAGGAAUGGGAGGUGGUAGCGGAGGCUCUGGAGGACCGCCUAGCUUAGGGGGCUUGUUCCAAGGAGGAAUGCCUAGACUACGGCCUUCAGGAAGCCGAGAAAGUGAAUCACCUGGAAACAGACCACCAAUGUUGCCACCUGGUGGAAGAAUGUCAACUCCUAGACCCUUUACUCCACCGGGCGCAUCUCCAAGAGGACCUGCACCUCCAAUAGGCAGAAGUGCUGCUCCGGAACCUCUAAGAAACCGCAUGCCUCCUCCUCCAAGAAAUCAUUUUAGUUCCAGAUCAGAAAAUAUACCACCUUCAGUACCUAAUACACCAAGACCACUCCCUUCAAGUCUUUACAACAGAGGCCCUCCACCAGUGCCAGCUCCAAAUAGACAAAUUACCCCAACAUCUGCUCCUCCACCCAUAUCAUUUAAUAAAGGUCAUGGAUUUGGAGGCAACAGCAGACAAUCUUCUUCAGCACCCCAACCAGCUCCUUCCAUGUACAGACCUCCACUUCCUCAAACACCUACUCGACCCAUUGAGGAAAGGCCGCCGCCACCUCCUACAGGAAACAGACCACCACUUAGCAGAGAUGUCCCUCCACCACCACCACCACAAAACAAUAAACCACCAGUUCCUAACACACCUAGACCAAACACACUUUCCCAGACUCCACCUCUGCCUCCAGGGAGGCCAGGGCCUCCUCCACUUCCUCCUACCCCUAGCACUUUUGAUGAUAUGCCAAGACUUCCUCAGCGAAAUUCAUCCUUGCCAUCCAUUUCUUCUGCACCACCACCUAUUCCACCUCCUACACGUUCAACUUCUGGUCCUCCUCCUCCACCGUCCAUGGAUAGACCACCACCACCUUUCAGAGAACCACCUGGGAGAUCAGGACCACUGCCGCCACCUCCUCCUACAAACAGGAAUGGUUUUGGUCACAGAGGGUCAGUAGGUUCUCAAUCCAAUUCAAGACCAGCAAUGGAAUCCCCGAGAAGUGUCUCCAGACCUCCCCCACCUCCAGAGAGACCAGGCUUGGGAUCCCUACCUCCUCCUCCACAUCAUUCUUCAUCAGUUAGAAAUGGUUAUCAGGACACGUCUGGCGAAGAUGAAUGGGAGAAACGAUUCUUAUUCCAUCCGUUUUCUGAUUUGCCACCGCCAGAACCAUAUGUACCAACAAAUAAAACCUAUCCCAGCAAACUUAUGCGAGGUGAAAGCCGAAGUGGCUCUUCCAGAAGAGAGCGAGGUGCCCCUCCUUUGCCUCCGAUACCUAGACUGCAGGCAAAACCAGAACUGCUGAGCUGCACUCAGACUAUGCAGAGUGACAACUUCAUAGUGCAAUUUGGGCUACACAUGUAAGUGUACACUGGGAGAGGUGCAACUAUUUGCUGCAUGGACCAAGCGGCUGGUUCUCUUUCGGCAUCACUGGGGCCUGUUAGUGCAGCUGGAAGAUGACCACACAGUACACACACAGGCCGGUAGACCAGAUUAUUGGGCAUAACGGUCCGUAUUGCACACAUACAAUGUGCUACCUUUCCAAUUAGUUAUUAUCAGUGGGUCUGGCCGACUGUGCUUGCCUUGUAUGCACUAAACAGCAUAGCAAACAACAUAUUGAAUACACUUAUUUUUCUGCCCUGGAGGCAAAUAUUCUUUCUAUGUGAAUGAUCAAACUAUAACCUGUUCCAGGUAUACAGAUGUGUUGUACAGAAGCCAUCGUGUCUCAUCACUAAGGCAGCAAAUGACAAAUAAAUGUUUGGUGGCGCUGGCGCUACCACUGUAGUCAAAACAAAAAGUAAUUAGAAGUAGAUUUAAAUACAUAUAACCAUUAGUCUAAAGUUCAAAUAAUAAGUGAAAUAUACUCAGACGAUUUCCUCUAUGGGUAGCCAAUUAAAGAAAGUGCGGCACCCAAUGUUAUUUUUUUAUUUACAUAUUUUAAUGUGUGAGCAUAGGACAUUACUGAGUCCAUCGUCCCCGCUAAACUAGCCUUAAUACCCUAACCAAAACCGCUAAAGCAACCCUAGCCCAAACCUCUAAACCAUCCUUAAUACCCUAAAGUAUAGGGCCUAAACUAACCCUAAUACCUUGACCCCAUAGUGCAGACUGGAUGGGCUAUAUUGUUCUUACUUGCUGUCAUAUUCUAUACUUCUAUGUCCCUUUCUUAUUGCAUUGUAAAGUAGAAUAAAAGACAUAUGCCCAUGGGUUUCAACCUUUUAUAAAAGUCUAAAGAAAAGCCACACAAAAAAAAAUCAAAAUGUUUAAUCCAGUUUUCUUUUAAAAUGUGACAAAAUACCAGUAUAUACAGUCAGAUGACACAAAACUUCCCAGAGACACAACACAUUAUGGGGUAGAUUUAUCAAAGCUUGGAGAGAGAUAAAGUGAAGAGAGAUUAAGUACCAACCAAUCAGCUUCUAUGUGUCAUUUUUCAAACACAGCCGCAAACACUUGGCAGUUAGAAGCUGACUGGUUGGUACUUUUUCUCUCUCCACGGUUUAAUACAGCUCCCCCUAUGUAUUUGUGACUAUUAUAUAAUAUUGUUUGUGCUUGUUUGUUCAGUAUAUCUACUUUAAUUAAAUUAUUUUUGUGACUGAAACAAGGGCUGACAAAUUCCAACCCAUAUUUCAGUGUGCAUUCUCCUGCAUAAAAUCUGGACGUCAGAUGAUGAGAAUAUGAACAAUUUACUCUUAACAUAUUGCUUAAUAGUGUUUUGUUUCUUUAUUCCAAGCAUGUAAUAAUUUAUUACCUGUUUAUUAACUAGAACUUAGUUACUUUCCCAAUAAUCUUACAAUUUGUUCAGGGGUAAAUUAUGUGUAAUAUGUAUUCAAGGAAACCUAUAUAAUAAUGUGUCAUACAGAUUUGUGUAUAAAAUGUAAGAUGCAUGAUACUGCAAGUGCAUAUAAUAUAUACUGUAUAUAUGAUGGCCAUUAAGGUCAGCACAGAAGCGUUGCCAACAAGUUUAAGGAACCUAUGUCAAAAUGUCUAGUUUUGCCUAAUAUUGUUAUAUAUCAGGGUACAGUAAACUGGCUUUCACUUUGUUGGCCAAUUUAAUUUGAAAUCAAGACUUCCACCUAUGAACUUUAUUUCUAAAUUUGAUUGAUUGAUGGGUACAUCAGUGAGUGCAUUAAACACAUCAGGGUAGAUUUACUAAAUGUAAUUCAUUUCAAAGCUACCAAUCAUCCUGUUGCCGCUUUAAAACUACCGGUCAAAGCUGUUGACGAUCGGUAGCUUUAAAAAAACGACAUUUAGUAAAUCUUCCUCAUAAGCCUCUUAAUAAAUGAAUGUUCAGACUGUAUGCCACAUGUCAUCUCUCUGUGUGUGGCAGAUUGUGGAAUAAGAACGGAUAAUAUCAAUUCUCAAUAGCUUCAUUCUCCUACAUGGGUGAAAAAGUGUGUAAAUAAAAGUCAGACAUUUUGUACUCCCAAAAAAUACAGACAUGAAAGUAAAAAAAAUUUUUUUGUUCUAAAUGAAUACAUAAAAUUAUAUUGGUUAUACAUUUAUGUUGGAAAUGACAAUGAAUAAGGAACAAGUAACUUGUUCAGUUACAUAUUAAAUGUAUUUAACAAUAGGACAUACAGAGGGACCAGGCACAAUCAUAAUAAUUUGUUCAAUUUGUUACGUCAACAAAGUAUUAAUUAGCUCCCUGCACACUUUUAUGUGAAUUACUGGAUACGUAGCCUACUGAUGUACGGGUGCUAAAGUACUGUAUGUAACAUACCAAGAUAUUUGAGAGCUUCUGUUUGACAUCUUUAAUGAUUAAGGGUAAAGGGGGGUACUCACGGGAGAGAUGUGUGCUGACACAGACCGCUCAGCACACAUCUCUCACCCCGCUCAGCACAGCGAGGGGGAAAGCCGACGGUGAAGUGAGCGACCCGCUAGAUUGAGCCUGCAAUCUAGCACCGGCGAUAGCGAUGCGCGCGGCCGCGCAUCGCUAUCGCUGGAGGGCAUGCACACGGCAGAUCCGUGCUUAAAAUCUAAGCAAUCUAGCAAGAUUGCUUAGAUUUUCAACAUGGAUCUCUCCGUGUGUACCCCCUUAAAGGCCCAUAUAGACGGGCCGAUGCGGGGAGAGAUGUGUGCUGAGCGUGCGGGGGGAGGCGGGCGCUCACUUCACCCAGCGGGUGAAAUGAGCGACCCGCUAGAUUGGCCUGCACGGUAGGCCAAUCUAGCACCAGCGAUAGCGAUGUGCGGGGCUGCGCAUCGCUAUCGCUGUAGGGGCUACACACGGAGCAAUCAGGCUGAUAUUCUAAGCAAUCUAGUCAGAUUGCUUAGAAUAUCGCUCUGUGAGUACCCCCCUUAAGAAUGGAUACGGAGGAUUACAAUGAUUUAUGAUCUUGUCUGAGUUAAGAAACAAAUCAGUACAUUUUCUGUAAUAAAACGUGUAUGCAAUAUUACCAAAGAUGUGUAGGAUGCAAUAAAUACUCUUUUGAAAUUUGUAUAAAAUAAAUGUUUACAGGUGUUUUUGAAA